AUGGAAGAUGUAGGCAGGGUGCCUUCGCCCACGAAAUUAUCUCCAGCAGCAGAACCUGCAUCUAUACCAACUCUUGAUGGGUGGAUCGAGAACUUGAUGGCAUGCAAGCAGCUGGCCGAGAUAGAUGUUCAGAGGCUUUGCGAUAAGGCACGAGAAGUGUUGCAGGACGAGUCGAAUGUACAGCCGGUGAAAUGCCCUGUUACUGUCUGCGGAGAUAUUCAUGGGCAAUUCCAUGAUCUGAUGGAGCUCUUCAGAAUUGGCGGACCAAACCCAGAUACCAAUUACUUAUUUAUGGGUGACUAUGUCGAUCGAGGUUACUACUCAGUCGAAACAGUCACUCUUCUCGUGGCUCUAAAAAUAAGAUAUCCACAAAGAAUCACCAUCCUCCGUGGUAACCACGAAUCCCGUCAAAUCACCCAAGUUUACGGCUUCUACGAUGAGUGUCUCCGAAAAUAUGGAAAUGCAAAUGUCUGGAAGUACUUUACCGAUCUCUUCGAUUACCUUCCCCUCACCGCCCUCAUCGACAACCAAAUCUUCUGCCUUCACGGAGGUCUAUCCCCCAGUAUUGACACGUUGGACAACAUCAGAGCCCUCGAUCGUAUACAAGAAGUGCCACAUGAAGGUCCAAUGUGCGAUUUGCUAUGGUCGGAUCCAGAUGACAGAUGCGGAUGGGGAAUAUCUCCUAGAGGAGCAGGUUACACCUUCGGUCAAGACAUUUCGGAGGCGUUCAAUCAUAAUAACGGGUUAACUUUGGUCGCAAGGGCCCAUCAAUUGGUCAUGGAGGGAUAUAAUUGGUCUCAAGAUAGGAAUGUUGUUACAAUCUUCUCAGAAGCCCCCAAUUACUGCUACAGAUGUGGUAAUCAAGCAGCAAUUAUGGAAAUUGAUGAGCAUCUUAAAUAUACCUUCCUUCAAUUCGAUCCUUGCCCAAGAGCUGGAGAGCCAAUGGUAUCACGUCGUACUCCCGACUACUUCCUCUAG